AUGCAUCUUGAUUAUAUCAUUAAACUACCUGAUCAUGAUUUUAUUACAGCAUCUCGUCAUCAAUUAACUUCAAGUGUAUAUGCUGCAUGCUUGAUCAAUAAUGUUGGAGAUGUUGGUUAUUCAGGUUCAACAUAUAUUGCUAUUCGUUCGACUAAAUAUAAUAAAAGUAUAUCAGCUAAUCCACGAGAUGAUUUUAAUCGUUUGGUCAAGUUACAAGAAUUUAAUACGGCUGCACUUGAUUCUUCAAAUAAAGUUAAACCUAUUGUUAUUAUUACCGUCGAUGGUGGACCAGAUGAAAAUCCUCGUUUCCCAAAAACACUUGCUUCAUCAAUUGAUAUAUUCAAAAUCCAUAGUCCUGAUGCAUUGUUAGUACUUACUUAUGCACCUGGUCAAUCAGCAUUUAAUACCAUCAGGCGUCGCAUGGCGCCAUUAUCUCAUGAUUUAUCUGGUCUUAUCUUACCUAAUGAUCACUUUGCUGAUGAAGUACUUGCUGAAGUUUGGUCAAAUACAGUUAUUGAUUCUCAUCCUGUGGUUGCUUAUUAUGUGAAUUCAUCUUUUACUUCACAAGUAUCUUUAAAUAUUGAUGAAAGUUGGUGUGGUCGUCAUGUAUUACAAUCACAAUAUACAUUACAAAUUGUUCGUUGUGAUUCAAAAGAUUGUUGUAGUGAGUGGCUUUCAAAUUUUUUUCAAGUAUUUCCGCAACGUUUUUCGCCACCACCUGUUCCACUCGCACAAGGCUCAUUGGGUCUUGUAAUUGCUGCGAAUGAUUCAGAACAAGAUCGAUUAUAUGGCUCAUUAUUUCAACGUUUGCAACUGAGUAAACUUAUUCACAAGGAAUCAAAUUCUUCAUCAAUUCCAUUUGAUUAUCUUUGUACAUCAGUUAAACAAUCAAUUUUAAAACGAGCAUGUAAAAUAUACAACAAAUAUUUUCCUAGUACGGAAAGAAGAAAAACCCAGUGCAAAACACAUAAGUCAAAAAUAAUAAUUAUUGAUACAGAAAUCUCAUCCAGUGAUGAAGAUAAAAAUGAACGUCAUGAAUCAAAAUUACAAUCAAUUAACAAAUAA